GUAACCUCUGGUGACAAGCUUUGUAAUCUAUGUGAAUGUGUGUGUGCAGUGCUGACAGGGGAGCUGAAGCAUUCCAGUGUGGAGUUGCAGAAAAUGAGAGAAGAGGAAGAGCGCCUAACUCAGCAGCUGAUGGAGCAGAGGAGACAGAGUGAGGAGCAGCUGUCCCGUGAGAAACACUCUGAGAGCCUGCACCGGGACAAACUACUCAGGUUAAAAGAGAAGUUGGAGGACAAACACGAGAUGUGGUUGUCGUGCCAACAAAGGUAUGACACCAUGCAGGAGCAGCUGUCGUCAUGGCAGCAGAGAGAGGCACAGAUGAGCAGGAAGUACCGCGCAGCUGAAGAGGAAGUGAUGCGACAGAGGGAAACCCUGGAGAAGACCCAGGAGGAAACGAGGGAGCUGAGGAGAGACAGAGAGAUGCUGAUAAAGUCCCAUAGCCACAGCCCUGACCCAAGAUGGAGGAAGACUGCAGACAGCAAUAAAGUCAGGGCUGGCUGCAGCCCUAGAAGACCAGAAGACCCAGAAUGCAUUGCACCUGAAUGAGCAGAUGAAGGAGUUUCUGAGGGACGCGCAGUUGGAGCUGACCAUUGAGAGGGAGAAGAACCAACUGCUGCUCCUACAGCACCAGCGGGAAAACACACAGCUGCAUCAAAAGUUGGAGGAGAGAGAGCAGGAGCUACAAGAACUGCAGGACGAGCUGAAGGAGGAGAGGAAGAGCCGAGAGGAGGAGAAACUCCAGGAAAUGCAGCACUCCCAACAGCAGGAGGCGCUACAGCUGAGCCGAGCUGAAGCUGAACUACAGCUGCUGACGGAGAGGAACGCUGAACUUCAAGAAGAGGUGGCGUUACUCCAGGAGACGGUGAGCAGGGAAUGUGAGGAGAGGGGGGGGCUGACGGCUGCUCUGUCUGAAGCUCAGGAGGAGCUCCUGGGGCUGCGAUCCCCAGCGUCUCAUCAGCACUCCCCCAGAUCUCACCUCACAGGGAGACUGUCUCCCCCGGGGUGCAGGCAGAGUCAGACCCGGGUGGCUCCUAAUCGCUCUUUGAACUCCCCAAACACACUGCGACCCCCCCCCUGCCGUCACAGACAAAGAGACAGGCCGGGGCACGGAUAGAGGAGGGGCGGAGAGGAGCUUUCCAUGUUGGAAAAGUGGUGGGGAAAAAAGACGGGAGGGGACGCUGCCCAGACUGAAGCCAGCAGCACAGUGAAGUCAGAAUAUAGGACAUUAAAACAUAAGGUCAGUUUAGAGAGGGAGAGGAAGGUGGAAAACAGGGGAAUAAAUGAAGGACUGUAUGUGAUUUAAAUAGCUUUUCAAAUAAAACACAAUUGUAAUGUU